GUUUGUUUUCAAACAGCAUUUUAUAUGGAAUCUAAUAAAAAUAUUUUGAUCAUUGCAACAUGCACGUGUAGACAAACAUAUUUUAAAGUAUUGCCACAGCGAAGGGACACAUCGACUGUCAUUGCUACGGGACACAUCGACUGUCAUUGCUACGGGACACAUCGACUGCCAUUGCUACGGGACACAUCGACUGCCAUUGCUACGGGAGACAUUGAAGAUACCCGAAACAUCUUACAGGCAAUAAAUAUUUAUUCGUACAAUAGAGAGAUUUUUUUAAAAAGUUUGUUCAAAUUUCAUUUUUGCAAAAUCAUGGCGGAGAUUUCCAGCAACAGAGGAGUAACGACUUACACUGAUCAGCACUCCAACACUACUGCGCCUAGCGAGAAAGUGAAGGUGCUUGAAGAUGUCAUCAGCACCCAGGCAGGUGUCUACAUCUUCAUCGUCAGUGCGGCGACGAGUUUGGGCCUUGGGGUAUUCGGUACCAUCACCAACACCAUCAGCAUCAUGGUGUUUAUAAGACAAGGUCUCAAAGACAGCGUCACCAUCAGUCUUUUCGGCCUGGCUCUGGCCGAUCUUUGGAGCCUGUUGACCAUAAUUCUAAUAGCUGUCCUGUACGGCUUGAGCUACCUGUCACCCAAUCCUUCAGUGGACUACAUAAGCGUCAGCGCUGUUUUUGGUGGAUGGCCCCACGCUCUUUUUCUUAGAAUAUCCACAUGGAUAACCGUCGUCAUAUGUGUCGAACGAUUUCUCUGUGUUUUUAUUCCACUGAAAGUCAAGCUGAUUUUCACCGCGAAGCGAGCUGGCUUUGUGAAUAUUUUUGUAUUUAUUUCUAUGACCUGCUGCUACGCCCAAAUCUACGCCAGCCACGGGCUGCAUUGGGUCUUCGCCCCGACUUACAACCGUUCCCGGUUGGUCAUGUGGAUAACGGAAGAUCGUGUCGAAAGGGAGGCCAUCAGCGGUUUAAUGAACGGGAUUAUCUUCCCAUCAAUCGCUAUAAUUAUUAUCACCGUUUCUACCGCUGUCAUGGUGAGAAGUUUACAAACCUCGAUGUCCUUUAGAAAAGCAACAACAAAUGCUGCAACAAGCAAAAAAGUUGAAGUGGCGCAGCACGUGCAGAGCACUCUAACUACUGACAAAAACAAGAAACAGAGUCGCCCCAGCUCGCAGAAAAGAGUUGUCAAAAUGGUGUCUUCGAUUGCCAUCGUUUUCAUUCUUUGCUCCAUCCCAGAAAUGGUGCUGACCUACGUCAGCAGGCUGUUCGUGCUCGAGCUGAACCUGUUCAAACGCUACCACAACAUGUACAACCUCAUCUACGCCAUCGACUACCAGCUUCAGAACGUCAAUGCCGGGGUCAACAUCUUCAUCUACUACUCCAUGUCAUCGAAAUUCAAAGAGAAUUUUGACCAAAUGUUUUUGAGUUCUGCUACUAAGAAGAAGUAG